AUGGCGCCUUUGGUGACGAUCGUGACGGGCAACUCCAACUCUGGAGCCCAGGCAGUGCACUCGCUGAUGGGCAAGUAUCGCGGGCAAUGCCGAGUGCGAGCCUGCUUUCGCAGCGCCGCAAAGGCCGAGCCUUUUGUAUCGGCAUAUGGCCAAGCAACUGAUCUCUUCGAGUCUGUCGUGGGCAUUGAUGCCGCCGACCCCAAGUCACUUGUCCCUGCCUUUGAAGGGGCACGUUUUGCCGUUAUUGUCACGCCGCAUGACCACGCUCGCGGCAUGGCCCAGGAUGCGGAGCUGAGCAACAACAUGAUCGAUGCCGCAGUUGCGGCUGGUGUGGAGCACAUCAUCUAUGUCGGCAGCUGGACUGUGAUUGACAAGUCGAUGGGUGCCAUCCCCGCUCGUUUCUUGGCUACCGAGGAGCAUCUGCGUGAGCUGGGUGAAGCAGGUCGCGUGCGGUGGACCUCACUGCGCAGUGGUUUUUUCAACCAGAAUCUCAUUCUGAUGCUGAAGCCUCAAAUCCAAGCCAGUGGUCAAGUGUUCUUCCCCAACAUCAAGGGAGCCCCUGUGGACCCUGGGGACAUGGGUCGAGUGGCGGCCGCCAUUGCCACCAGUGCCGACGCGCAAGUGCACCAUGGUCAGUACUAUCAAAUCUCCGGCCCCGUGGUUAUGACCACGGCCGAGAUGACGACCAAGUUAGCAGCCGCCAUGGGCACCACGGCCUCUUUCACGCCCGUGCCAGCCAGUAGCAUGGAGCAAAUUCCACCACCCGUGCGCGAUCUGCUGGUCUGGAUGGAGACGCACGACAUUCCCUUUUCCGAUGUCACUGCCCGCCUGACGGGUGGUGAGCACACCACGCUCGAUGCUUGGCUGGAAGCCAAUGCCGACCUGCUGCAGUGA